AUGGACCUCCUGAUUCUGCUCCUGAUGCUCCUGAUGCUGCCGUUGUUCCAGCCAGUCUCUGGAAAGCUUAGGAGGAAGUGCCCGAUGAAUUUGGAGCACCGGGAUGGAAAAAAUCCACCAAGCUAUUACAGGCCAGGAGACCAUCUCAUUAGCAUAGUCACCACAGCAACAUUAAGCUCAAAUAUAACGUUGCCUUUCAACAUGGCUCCUUCUAGUCAGUUUCACUCGUGGGCACCUUCAGUUCUGAGGUUUUACUUUUGGCAUUCCUUCUUUUCUGCUCAGUCCCUGCCUCAGUCCAAAUGUGUGGAAAGUUGUCAUCCUGGAUUUGUCAAGAGGGCUCGAGAAGGAGAGCCAGUUUGCUGCUAUGACUGCGUUCCUUGUCCAGAGGGGACCUUCUCCACUCAGGAAGAUACAGAAAAAUGCACCAAGUGUCCGGAUGAUAAAUAUCCAAAUGGGGAUCAAGUCCAAUGUAUCCCCAAAUUUAUAACCUUCCUCUCUUAUGAAGAACAUCUGGGCAACAUCCUGGUGUCAUUUGCUCUAUUCUUUUCCCUAACCACAGGCUUUGUCUUACUCAUCUUCAUUAAAUACCGAGAAACUCCCCUUGUCAAAGCCAACAACCGGGACCUCUCCUACAUCCUCCUGGUCUCCCUCCUGCUUUGCUUCUUGUCUAAUUUUCUCUUCAUUGGUCAACCAAGGAAAGCCACCUGCCUUCUCCGACAGACGCUUUUCAGCAUCAUCUUCUCAGUGGCCAUUUCUUCUCUCUUGGCCAAAACCAUCACGGUGGUGCUGGCCUUCCUUGCCACAAAACCAGGAAACCGAGUGAAGAGAUGGUUGGGGAAGAGCUUGGCCAACUCCAUCAUCCUUUCUUCUUCUGCUCUCCAAAUUAUCAUCUGCUCCAUCUGGUUGGGAGUUUCUCCCCCCUUCCCUGACUCUGACCUCCACUCUCAGCCUGGAGAGAUCGUCCUGCAAUGCAACGAAGGGGCCGUUGUCAUGUUCUACGUCACCCUCAGCUACAUGGGCUUCCUGGCUGCCAUCUGCUUCACGGUGGCUUUCCUGGCCAGGAACCUGCCUGGGGCCUUCAAUGAAGCCAAGCUGAUCACCUUCAGCAUGCUGGUCUUCUGCAGUGUCUGGGUGACUUUUGUGCCCACCUACCUGAGCACCAAAGGGAAAUACAUGGUGGCUGUGCAGGUCUUCUCCAUCUUGGCCUCCAGUGCUGGUCUGCUUGGUUGUGUCUUCAUCCCCAAGUGCUACAUUAUUAUUCUGAGGCCAGACCUGAAUACAAAGGAGCAACUAACGACCAAAAGAAAUGUAGCUAUGUGAGUCAGAAGUAUUUUGACUCUUAACAUGUUCCAAAAGACCAAACCAAGAAAAUGGUGCGAAAUGAUGAUCAUACGUAUAAAAAAUACAAUAGAUGUUGUAAGCACAAAUAUCCAUAAAUAACAAUCCUCAGGUUACUUUCCCACCCAUCUGCUGUUAGUAUCCUCAAGAGUUAUUGCCUUAAUAAAAAGAAACACAAUCA